AAUAACACAAGAAAUUGUAGAGAAUGCUAGUUUAUAACGGCGUCAAAGUUCUGCGGAUAUCGUAAUUGUUUAUUUAAAUCACAAUAUCAUUAUUGAAUAAAGGAAUUUUUUGGUGCGUGUAUAAGUUCAUAAUGGCAUCCGAAGACAUCAAUUCUCAUGCAACCGCUUCCUCGGAAGAGACUGGACAAUCUGCCAGCAGUAAUCUGCAACAAGAAAGUAAUACCAAGGAUGCAAAUUCAGCUAAGCCACAGGCUCAAGUAAAUCGCACAAGUAAUCUCCAAAGGAUACAUCAACGCAAGCAGCAAACAUACAACUGGCCGCAAGAAAAGAAACUGUUGAAACUUGCGAAUUAUAGUGCUUGUCAAGCAGAGGAAUGUAAAUGUACAGGCUGGAAAAACGCUCAACCAAUUAUAAAAUCAUCAAAAGGCGAGAUACAACAGCCUGUUAUAAAUUUUUUCGAUCCAUGCAAGAUGUGUACUCAUCCUUUAGAAAAUCAUAUCAAACAUUUACCAGUUCAGUCUGAUGAGGAAAUCAAUCGAUUAUUGGGAAUGGCUAUCGAUGCUGACAAUAUUUUUGCAUGUACGCACAGGGAAGUAGAUCCUGAUACUAAGAAAGUAUAUAUUUAUUUGUACAAAUUAUUGAGAAAUUGUAUCUUGUCUAUGACAAAGCCAAUCGUGGAAGGUCCGUUAGGGCAACCACCCUUUGAAAGACCUAAUAUAGCGAAAGCAGUAAUGAACUUUGUUUUGUAUAAAUUUAGUCAUUUGCCGUCGAGAGAAUGGCAGAUUAUGUACGACAUGGCAAAGAUGCUUUUACACUGCCUGAAUUUUUGGAAUUUUGAAGCACCUAGUGCCAGACGGUUAACAAUUAAUACAGAUGAGGCUCCUGCUUAUAAAAUUAAUUAUACCCGCUGGCUUGUUUUUUGUCAUGUGCCUGCAUUUUGUGACUCCUUACCACAUUAUGACACUCCUUUAGUUUUUGGGAAAACCUUAUUACAAGCUGUAUUUAGAUCAGUUUGCAGACAAUUAAUGGAUAAGUGUAAUAAUGAAAGAGAUAAAAUUGCACCGGAAAAAAGAGUUUUAGUUUUAACACAUUUUCCCAAGUUUUUGUCAUCGUUAGAAGUAGAAAUUUAUUCUGAUAAUUCUCCCAUUUGGGAUCCUGAAUUUAAACAAAUUCCACCUUCUCACCUUCAAACUGCCCUGGAAUCAAAAGCUCAUCAAGCGAGAAAAACGGGAGAAUUUGAAAAAGUUACUGUCACUCCAAAUGAGAAAGACAAUUUUACAACAAUAAAUAUUAGUCCUGGAAUUAAAAAAAUCCAGGAGAAACGUCCUAAUGCUGAGGGACGCCUUGAGGCAAAGAGGCGAAAAAAUGAAGAAACUUUUGAGGACCUGCCAGAUGAGACCAUUGCUGAAAUUGUUGCAUCUAUUAAUGACACUAAUUAUAUGUCUGGUUCUGAUGCAGUAUUUCCACCAAACGUGCCACGGGACGAAACUGCUAAGAUGGAAGAAAGUAAAAAGAUAAUAGAAUUUCAUGUAGUCGGAAAUAGCCUGACACGGCCAGUGUCUAAGCAAACUAUGCUUUGGCUAAUAGGGCUACAAGAUGUAUUUAGUCAUCAAUUACCAAGAACGCCCAAAGAAUAUAUUACUCAACUUGUUUUUGAUCCAAAGCAUAAAACGCUAGCCUUGAUAAAGGACGGUCGUCCAAUUGGUGGGAUUUGUUUUUGUAUGUUCCCAACUCAAGGAUUUACAGAAAUAGUGUUUUGCGCUGUUACGAGCCAUGAGCAAGUAAAAGGCUACGGAACGCACUUAAUGAAUAUGUUGAAAGAUUAUCACAUUAAGAACAACAUACUGCAUUUUCUUACAUUCGCGGAUGACUUUGCUAUUGGAUACUUUAAGAAACAGGGAUUUAGCAAAGAUAUCAAACUGCCGAAGUCGGUGCACCAGGGGUACAUUAAAUAUUACGUGGGAGCGACAUUAAUGCAUUGCGAGCUAAAUCCAAAAAUUGUAUAUACUGAAUUUACGGCAGUUAUUAGGAAACAGAAGGAAAUAGUGAAAAAGCUGAUUCACCAGAGACACCAAGAAAUACAGAAAGUGCAUCCCGGCUUAACAUGUUUUAAGGAAGGUUUAAGGGGAAUCCCCAUCGAGUGUAUUCCAGGAAUUCAUGAAACCGGAUGGAAAAGUUGCGCUCAAACCAGAACGAGAGGUGUGACGAAAGGAAUGCAAGGUCCAGAAUCAAUGGAGACGAAUUUAGAGGUUCCAGAUUCUCUGUGUAAUACAUUAAAUGGUGUUCUGAACAGUGUGAAAAAACACAGCACAGCGUGGCCUUUUUUGAAACCUGUAGUUAAAAAUGAUGUACCAGAUUACUACGACCACAUAAAAUAUCCUAUGGCCGCAUUGGUAAUUGACAACGGAUCUGGAAUGUGUAAAGCCGGAUUUGCCGGAGAUGACGCUCCUCGAGCUGUGUUUCCUUCUAUUGUUGGAAGACCCCGAUAUCAGGGAAUUAUGGUCGGCAUGGGACAAAAGGACAGUUACGUAGGUGACGAGGCGCAGAGUAAACGGGGAGUUCUCACUGUUAAAUAUCCUAUAGAGCAUGGUGUUGUCACUAAUUGGGACGACAUGGAGAAGAUCUGGCAUCAUACAUUCUACAAUGAAUUAAGAGUCGCACCAGAGGAGCAUCCCGUUUUGUUGACGGAGGCUCCCCUAAACCCCAAAGCCAACCGCGAGAAAAUGACGCAGAUCAUGUUUGAGACCUUCAACACUCCAGCUAUGUAUGUUGCCAUUCAAGCUGUCCUGUCUUUAUAUGCGUCAGGACGUACGACUGGCAUAGUGCUAGACAGCGGUGAUGGAGUGUCUCAUACAGUACCGAUUUACGAAGGAUACGCUUUACCUCAUGCGAUUUUACGCUUGGAUCUAGCCGGCCGCGACUUAACAGAUUACCUGAUGAAAAUUUUGACCGAAAGAGGCUACACCUUUACAACUACCGCUGAACGUGAAAUCGUGCGUGACAUCAAGGAGAAGCUGUGUUACGUUGCCUUAGACUUUCAUUGUGAUAUAGAGACUGCAAACGACCUAGAAAAGAGCUACGAAUUACCGGAUGGCCAGGUCAUAACAAUCGGUAGCGAGCGCUUCCGUUGCCCGGAAGCAAUGUUUCGGCCAAGUAUCCUGGGUAUGGAAUCUUGCGGCAUACACGAGACGACGUAUAAUUCGAUCAUGAAAUGCGACGUCGACAUCCGUAAGGAUUUGUACGCCAAUUUGGUGCUUUCAGGCGGCACUACCAUGUAUCCGGGCAUCGCCGAUCGGAUGCAGAUAGAGAUAGCGAAGCUCGCGCCACCAACCAUGAAGAUCAAAGUAAUUGCGCCGCCUGAAAGGAAAUACUCUGUAUGGAUCGGCGGCUCGAUCCUCGCUAGUCUCAGUACGUUUCAGCAGAUGUGGAUUUCUAGGCAGGAGUACGACGAGCUAGGACCGUUUAUCGUGCACAGAAAGUGCUUUUGAGAUGCCAUCAUCCGAAACGCUUUUCAACCGAUCCUUAAUACGCAGGA